GGGGCCGCGUGAAAGGCUGGCGGAAGCGAGCGCUCUUUCCUCUUCCGGUGUGGGUGCCAUCGCUGCCGCAGCUCCAGUAAGUUGAGGGGAAGCGGGGUCUUCGGCGCAAUCCGUCGCCAUCCUCUCGGGCCGGUUGGGAAGCCGCAGUGCCGAGGUGGUCGGGGGGCUGGGGUGACUCUGCCCUACCGGGAUGGGCUCUGGGGUGGCGCGGGGGGUCGCGCAGGGCUCAGCCUUGUCUUUGCUCGUCUUUCUCGGAUGGGAAGAAUAUACUUUAAUGCGGGUCUCUGGGGAUGGAAGGCCUUUGCUUCUCCCUCACUCUCUCUGCCACCCCUUUUUUUUUAAAGCUAUACUGUAUCUUGUAGCGGGGACAGUUUGCGGGAUUUCCCCCCAUACAAUCAAGGUUUUAUGAAACAAAACGCAGGUCUCUUUUCAAAUAAAUCCCCCAUACGACUGCUGUUCUGCGUGCAUUUCGUAUAAAUGUUAUUUAUUGAAUUUGUAUACCGCCCUUCAACCUAGAUCUCAGGGCGGUUCAGAACAUAAAAACACAAAAUGCAUAAUAAAAAAGAACAAACCCUCCCAAAUAAAGCUGCUUCUAAUUAACACAUUUCAAGGGGUAAAUAUUGAAUCUAAACACACAGAAGGUCCUGCGUAGCUUUCUCCCCUUACUUGCACCCUCCGAUUUCGUUGAGUGGGAUUGGGGUAUUUUAAGACACCUGCGUGAUGUGGUGGUUAAGGGUACCUUGGAGAUCUGGGUUCAGAUCCACCCCCCCAUAGCCAUGAAUUUCACUGGGUGGCUUUGGGCCCAGUCGUUGUGUUUCGGCUUGAUCCACCUGGCAAGGUUGUGAGGAUACAGUAAGGGAGGAGGAGAAUCACAUGUGCCAGCUUCACCUCCUUGGGGGAAAGGUGGGCUAAAAGUAUUAUAUAAAUAUAAUUAACAAGACCAUAGGUCCUAUGCAUACACAUGUAUAUAGGACUAUAGGGAAUAGGAGAGGAAACCCUGUCACCACUGCUGAGAGCUUGGUAAGUUAGGAAAAGAUUGGCUAGCCCUUUUAAGUCCUUGGCUGCCACCACCCCAGAGGAAAUCCUGCAUAUUCAUUCAUUUUUCAAUUUUUAUACCGUCUUUCUAUCUUACAAUGCUCAAGGUGGUUUACAAGAUGAAGAGAAUGUACAUCUUAUAACAAGCCAAUGCAAUACAAAAAUGUGAUAAUAAAACAACUUUAAAAUAGGCACCCUACAUCAAAAAAGUAACAUUCAACAAUCAUUAGAAUAGUACUAAAUAAUAAUAAUAACAUAUAAAAAAGAAAUCCACUCAACUGUUAAAAUAAAAAACUUCCAAACUAUAAUCAAUAAAACAAUGGCAAGCCACAGUACAUAAAAUAAUACAAUACAAAUUGAGAAGCAGAGACUAGAGGGUGGAGCAAGGCAGGUGGAAGGAGGUCUUGCCGGACGAAGUCUCUCCCCUCACAUUUCUUACUCCAGGCACAGCUUCCUUAUGAGGAAUAUACUAUUCUGUGCAUACAUAUUGUACCCGUGUAUGAGUUUUGGGGGAAUGUUAAUUUUUCAAAUAGUGAUGUGCAGGGAUACGUCACGAGUGUGUUUGUUUACAUUGUUCUUCCUCUCCUUUACAGAGAUGGGCAAGUUUAUGAAACCAGGGAAAGUCGUCCUUGUCCUCGCUGGGCGUUACUCUGGACGCAAAGCUGUUAUUGUUAAGGUGAGAUAGUUGGACUUUGAGGAAAACGUAUUUUUAGGAGCAGGAAGGUAGAAUUUUUUGGCAGAUGGAGGAAUAAGGUCUAAUCUCUCUAGGAUGAUGUGGUAGUCAAUUGCUCUGUAUCCUUGAGUCCAAAACAGUGGAGAAUAUUUGGUGUUACCUUUUUAGCCACACAGCUAGAGCUCUUGGAGUGGCUUACAAAAUCAAACAAAAGAGACUGUUAUCAACUAGUAAAGUAAGAUCAUAAGCCACAAAACUACAGAAGGCGGCGCAAAAAUGCCACCAUAACAUUUGGUUGCCGGUCCCACUUAGAGCAAUGAAGUUGCUUUUGCCUGUUAACAUGCCCCUGAAUCUUUGUUGAAGGUAGUUAGUUGCAUGCUAACUCUACUGUGCCUGAUCCUUCUAACGAACCUCUUUCAUACAGAAUAUUGAUGAUGGCACCUCUGACCGCCCCUACAGCCACGCUCUGGUGGCUGGCAUCGAUCGCUACCCACGCAAAGUGACAGCAAGCAUGGGCAAGAAGAAGAUUGCCAAGCGUUCCAAGAUCAAGUCCUUUGUGAAGGUCUACAAUUACAACCACUUGAUGCCUACCAGGUGAGUGAGGAGCUUGAUAAAGAUAUGCAAGAGGAAAAGAAAGUGGGAGACUUUCCUCUGUCCUUCCAGUACAGUCAGCAUUGACGUUUCUGGGUCCCUGCCUUCCCUGCCUUUAGGGGAGGCCAGAUGACAGGGCAGAACUGCCUUCAGACCUAUAACCCGCCUUCUCCCCAUUGUGUCUUUUGCCUAGGUACUCCGUUGAUAUUCCCCUUGACAAGACCGUUGUCAACAAGGAUGUCUUUAGGGACCCUGCGCUAAAACGUAAAGCCCGGCGGGAGGCCAAAGUGAAAUUUGAGGAGAGGUGAGUCUUCAGGAAAACACGUCCACUUUGGGGGUGUCGUGAGUUGUGGCCAAAUACUUUUUAUUACGUGUGUAUCCAGGUGAGCAUAGAGAUGUGUGUUUUACCUGUAAAGAGUAGCAGACACUGGGCCUUCAUCCCUGGGUUUCCCACAUCCUAAGCCUUGUCACCUAGUCCAGUGUUCUUCAGACAGUGGCCUGGGACCUGCCACCAGGCCCUGAGCUGCUCUAGGUUCACUUGUCUGCUCUCCCCGCUAGGCAUGUCAUUGCCAUUUUGCUGAACCAAUGCUAGCAUCAGUCACACCUUGCAUGCUGAGCAAAGGUGUCUAGAAGACAAAGGGAGCGUGGGUAGGUAGGUAGGUCUCCCUCCUCUGAUAGGAGUGAGACAGUGGAGGCCGGUACAUUAGGGCAACAGAAGCACUGCCCCACCAACCUCAGCUAGCCCCUGCCUUGCCUCCUUUGUUCAGGGGGUGGCAACCCCCCCCCAUCUGCUUCCUCCUCCAUAGUCCUGGUGUUGCCCAUUGCAGAAUUCAACAGGAAGGAGGGUGGGCACAAAAGUUGGCUCUGGCAGCGUGAAGCUUCCCUUUCCAAUCCCAAUGGGUAUCAGCCACUGUUUCCUUUUGAGCCUCCUCUCUGGAUACUCAUGUUGAUGGAAAGCUGCCUAAAAUGGAGCUGAGUUGCCUUAGCUGAAGGGAAACCGAACUGUGGAACUCCUUGCCACAAGGAAAACACUGGCAUUUAGCAAUUUCCAGAGGUGGAAAGAGAUGUCAGUCAUUGCCAGUUGAUCCUGCAAAAAUGCUCUUGUUUUGUGACUGGAGGGGCUCAGUAAUUUUUAGUUUUCUCAAGUGGGCCCUUGUGGAAAAAAGUUUGAAACCCCCUUACCUAAUCCAUUGCACACAUCAACCGGCAGGGGCUUUGUGGUUUAGGUUAUGACUUCCUUGUACAUUAGGCAGUUUGAUGCUGGGCUGCUGUUCACAUAAUGAUACUAACAGGAGAUCUUUGUUCAUUCUCUUUCAGAUACAAGACGGGCAAGAACAAGUGGUUUUUCCAGAAGCUCAGAUUCUGAGUGGCAUGCAUUUGCACCAAUAAAUAUUUUUGAAAAGCCCAUU